UAAAUAUAAUUUUCAAAGUUAUUCCAACUCCCGAUUGACAAUCACGCAUAAUGAAUUUACAUGAAGAUGAACCACUAAAAGCAGUCAAAGAGAAAACUAAAAAGAAUACGCUAAAAGAAAAAAUAGCGUAUAUAAAGGAAAAUAUAACGUUAGAACCAGUUUUAAUUAGUUAUGUUGUACCUGGAGUAUUGGCGAGACUAGCAACACAAAAUUUGAAUCUUGAUAAAGCCUGCCGUGUCAAUUUGCAAUAUGGAGAAUCCGUUUGUAAUGCACUCAUCGCUAAAGAAGGUACAAAGUAUCAAAAAGAAGAACUUAUUGUGCAGGAGCUAAUAGCUUCCAUGGAAGCAUGGAAAAACAUAAUUUUAACAGCAAUACCAAGUUUACUGAUUCUAUUCAUAGGAGCGUGGAGUGAUAGAACUGGUAAUCGGAAAAUAUGCAUCAUACUGCCAAUUGUCGGAGAUUUGUUAAUGUGUUUGAGUAAUAUACUUAAUGCAUACUAUUUUUAUGAGUUACCGGUUCAAAUUACAAUGUUUUUUGAGGCCUUCUUCCCAGCAAUCACUGGCGGAUGGAUUACAACUUACAUGGGCGCUUUUAGUUAUAUUAGUGAAAUAUCUAGCGAAGAAACUAGAACGUUUAGAGUGGGUAUUGCAAAUCUUUGCUUAACAGCAGGAGGGCCGAUUGGAACUGCUCUUAGUGGAAUAUUGUUGAAGCAUAUUGGGUAUUAUGGUGUGUUCUCUAUAAGUUCGUUAUUAUUUUGCUUUAGUAUAUGCCAUGGGUAUAUUUAUAUAAAAGAUCCCGUGAGACCUAAAUCUGAGGAAAAGGGGGAAAAAACUGGUAUAAUUGCAUCGAUGAAAUCAUUUUUUGACAUCAAACAUGUGAAGGAUACCUUAAGUGUGGCAUUUAAAAAAGGACCUAACAACCGUAGAAUAAAAUCUAUUUUGGUUUUAACUUCCAUUGCUUUUAUAUAUGGACCAGCAUAUGGUGAGUUCACCGUGCGGUAUCUCUUUACUCGCUACCGUUUUAACUGGGAUGCGCUCAAAUACAGCUUUUAUAAUACAUUCUACAUUUGUAUACACUCUCUCGGUGCUUUAAUAUCAAUAAGUAUAUUUAGUCGGAAAUGGAAAUGGGACGACUCCACACUUGGUCUCAUUUCGAAUUGCAGCAAAAUUAUUGGUGGAUUAGCUACUGGAUUAGCGAGAAAUUCCUUGGAGAUGUAUCUAGCCGUCGCCAUUGAAAUGUUUAACGCAACUUCUUUCACUGCACUGAGAUCGAUUUCAUCAAAACUGGCGACAAAUGAUGAAUUAGGAAAGAUGACAUCAGUGUUCAACUUGACGGAGGUAUUGACAUCUAUGGUUUUCGGACCAAUUUAUUCUUGGAUAUAUAUGAUGACCUUGAAAAUUGAUGCUGGUAUAAUUUAUUACUGCAGUACUGUGCUAACAGUACCACCGAUACUUAUUUUCAUCUGGUUUCACAUAGAGAAUAAGAAGAAUUCUAAGAAGACAAAUAAAGACCCGGUCCGAGAUAUCGAAACGAAGGCACAAGACAACGAACAUAAGCAAGAAAAUUUAGUUCAAAGCAUAGAUUUAAACGAAGGCUUGUAUUUUGUCGAAUAAAGUGGAUUAAUGAGA